GCUGGAAACAAAAAAAGUAUCGCUGCAUUGGCAAGCAAUAAUAUUGAGACGCCGCGCAAACGCAAAAGGGAAACAACUGGCAACAAAACUGUGGCGCUGCCACCCUUAAAAGUACAGGACGCAGCUGCACCAGUUCCUGUAACUGCGUCAUGCUUCACUAACGCUGCCUUCAGCUCGACGCCAAAAACUCUUGUUGUUGGUCGCCGACGCUUGCCCAAAGACAGUGAGAACAUUAAUCCAUUUGUUGGUCAUCCCGGCCUGGAAUUCAAAUCGAUUUCGGAACUGGCCAAACAGCCGGAGCCAUCAUUGUCUAACAAUCCCUUUGAAGUGUUGCGACAGCCGUCCAAGAAGAAGAAACGUGAAGCCGUUUGCUUUGAGAAUCCGGCACUCAAUCUUGAGCUGCCCGAGCGACAGUUUAAUCCUUAUGAGGUGGUACGUUGCGUGGCCACACCGCCAUCCAAGUGCUUUGUUAAUCAAGCGCUCAAUUUGCGUGGCAGUGAUGCGCCCGCUUCGCUUAAUCCCUUCGAGAUACAUCGCCGCAGCGAGAUCUCCGCGGCCGCUAGCAAUCCAGCCGGUGUAGAGAAUCCGGCUCUCAGCGAGGAACCGCUGCCGACUAGUCUCAAAAUUGGUCUACCAUUUGCGCCCUCGAUGGGCUAUCGCAUUGACUUCAAUGGCUUGGAGUUAGCUCAUCUGACGCCCAGCAAACUGUUUGCCGAAAAGCUGGUCUUCUCGCCAGUGCAGCCGCUGGCAAAGUCAGAGCCAAAGCGCUCCCUGGGCGCCAUCAGUGAGGAGGAGAGCACCAUGGACAUUGGCAAGGAGCUGGAUCGCUAUCAGCUGGAGCUGGAGAAUAGCAUUAAUGAGGCCAAAUUGCGCAAGAAUGGUGUGCUAGAGGAGCCAAAAAUUAGCGAGGUUGAGCAGCCAGAACAUCUUUCAGUCUUGACUGAGAUCAAAGAGUUGGAGCCUUCUCCGGCGGAACAGCAGCUGCCACCGCGGCGAAGUCUGCGCUGCAGACGCAUCCAAACGCUGACCGAAAUACGUGAAACAAUCGAGGAACGCAUCGAAGUUGAGCAAGCUGUGGUGGUUGAGGAGCAGCCACAGCCACAGCUGGAUGUUGCUGUGGUGACUGAGGAUGUAGCCUAUGCCUCUGAGUCCGAACCCGAUGAGGAUGAGGAUGAGCUGGACUUUAAGGCGCCAGCGCGUUUUGUGCGCGCUUAUCGCCCGGCAGCAACGACCAAUGUGAAUGUCGGCAGCAAGGAGUCGCUGCAAUCGAUUGCAUCCAGCAAAUCCGCCAAGUCUGCAGAGAGUCAUGGUGGCCACGGCGUGCGCAACAUUAUACGUAAAUCCAUACGCAAGCUAAUGCAUCCCAUGCAGCAUCAGCAUGCCGAGGAAGCACAGCCUGCUGCACAGCCUGCUGCACAGCAGCAGCAUCAGCAUCAUGGCAGCAACAUCAUUAGCAGCAUACGCCACAGUUUGCGUCGCCGACCGCAGAAGCAGACGCAACCGCAGCCGCUUGUCGAGGAGGAAUCCCAACGGCCGGCGGACAUCUCCAUUGUGGACAGCAGCGAGCGGACAAUGAAGCUGCGCUCGAAUGUGCCACAAACCGAAUACAUGCGCAUCGAACAGUUGACCAACGAGAAGAAGCACACGCUGCGCAACAGUUUGCGUCGCUCCACUCGCGAUGUGUUGCGUCAUGUGUUCCACAAGAGUCAGCAGGAUGCCUAUGCGACAGCCAAGUAGAGUGACCUUAGCUGGAGCAUCUUCUCUUCAUUCACAUCACCAAGUUCUUUAAGCACCCAAAGAUUGUCUACAAAGCACCCAAACGCAAUUUAUGCGCUACAUUUUUUUUUUAAACAUUACUUAGUUGUAAGUUUUACGAUCAUUUUUGAUGAUACAAUAUGGAGCUCGGUUAGCUGGUUGGUUUAGAUAAAGACUGAUAUUUUUAUACAGAUUAAUUUGCGAUUUCAUAGAGACGUUCUCUAACUGCAACAGUUGACUUAAUAUCAAAGAGACUUAACUUUUGAACUUAUCCAAAAUUAUCCAAACCCAAUUAACUUCACUUUAUAAAUGAAUUCAAUAUUAUAUUCCACUUGUUGCCAGUUAACUGAACUUUUAUUUAAAUGCACGUUUUAAAUAUAUAUUAAUAUUUUCAUCUUUUUUACCUACUCGUUAGUAAUAUAUUAUAAAUGUA